GAAAAGACUGUGCAGAAUGUAAUCAAUGUGAUUGGUGUUAAAAGUGUAAUUAGCUCGCCAACACCAUGAAAGCCACUAUCAUGGUGGAAACUAUCUAGUCAAACUGCAUUGCAUAGCAAAAGUAUCAUUAGGAGAAACGUAAAGAACGGAACGAUGGCGGACCACCGUAAUCGGCGAAGAAACCCGUUCGUUGCGGAUCAGAACGUACUCCGGAGCGACGAACCAAUGGAAGAUCACGAAGGCCAGGAUCCAGAGAAUCCCUGCGACGGACCACUCACAGCGAUGACCGAAUCGUACAGCGAAAUUGCCUAUACCCACAACCUUUUCGCUGGCUCUGGGCCAGACGAAACGGACGGGGCAGCCAGCAACGGCAACCAGCCGGAUGGAUCGUCUUCUUCGUCGUCCUCAUCACAGACGAAAAAGCGUCCCGAUUCGCUGGUUUGCGAUAGUCGGAAAGCUUCCUUCCCGUACAAUCUGGAAGGUACGGUUCGCGUGGACGGUAACAUGACACACUUUGUAGCAGAAAACUUGGAGUACAAAAUAAAGCUCGCCAGUCCGGUGACGGUUACACGGAAAGAUUCCUGCAACCUCUCCAGCUCCCGCCAGAGUACCCCGUCGGCGGCUACGGCGGGCCCCAGUGGCAUCGCGCAUCUUGCGCUUCCCGGAAGCGGGCCCUUUCGUGGCCAUUCAUCCGCCUACCAUCAGCACGGCCAUUCGGCAGGCUCCUCCGUCGAUCCGAACGUGCUGAACGAAAUCGAAAGGGAGGCCCAAGCGUUGGCCGCUUCGGUGGACAAUCUGUCGGAAAGUUUGUGCAGCGUGCUGCACUCGAUCUCGGCAAUCACUGCGGACAACGUGGAGAUCUACAAGAACGCCGUGACGAAGCUGACGGACUGCAUGGACGCCAACAUCAAGUGCAUGUACACGAUCAUGGCAAAGGCGGAGGAGAUCUCUAAAACGAUUAAACCGGCGGAAGCGUUAGCAGUGCGCAUCCGCGAAAUUAAACGACUAGUCGACAUGCUUGAAAGCAACCUCUAGCAAACCGACGUGUGGCCAGAAACGUUAGACAUUCCUUGUUACAGUCGCUUUGACCAGAGGAUCGUCCAUCAACGAACGGCAUGCUCGGCCUCGGCCAUUCAAGCGAUUCUCUGUGAAAAAAGUAUUUUCGUUUAGUGUGCUUUAGGAUAUCUAUUUUAACUUCGGACUCCAUCCUUUUUGUUCUUUUACUGAGUCUAUUGACGAUUGCGCCAUGAACAUAGCGAUUAACAAGAAACGCACGGCGUUUAGUUUAUCAUUACUGUUUUAUAUUUAACGACAAAAAAGAGAAACACCGACUAACAAUAUGAAAUAAAUAUAUAAUAACCAUACCAAAGAGAGGAUGAGCAGCGCGACGGGCGAGGACAGCGAACACGCCAGUUGUGCAUUCGAUGCUUAGAGGGCAAUUGUGGUUGCUCGAAUGGACGACAGAGAUUUCCGUACAGU